AAUAGUACUAAAAGCCGCCCUGCGUCCCGCGCGGAUCCGCACUCGCUCCCUCAACUAACUUUCUAUCCCGAGACGCCGACAACGGCGGGGUUUUCUUCAGCGUUGCUGCCGCUUACAAACUUAUUGGCCAACUGUUGCUAAGCGUCAACACAGUCUUCUACAAGUCACCACCGAGAUCAGGACAAAAGCUUUAUAUGCUAAAGACCUCAAUCAGUCGGACCGUUCUUCUCUAGACCCUCGAGUUCACGUCUUCAUGCCUGGCCCCACGAACGCGUCUGCCUCUGCGGCGGCGCAAAAUGGCGUCAACAGCAACACCAUCAACAGCAUCCUCAAUGCCAGCAACGGCAAUGGCACCACCAAUCCUGUCCCCCACCGAGCUUUUGACUCCAUCGAAGACACCAUAGCCGCAUUCGCGCGCGACGAAUUCGUCGUCGUCCUCGACUCGCCCUCCCGAGAAAACGAAGGCGACCUGAUCAUUGCCGCAUCCGCCCUCACGCCCGCGAAAAUGGCUUUCAUGAUCCGCUACACGUCUGGCUACAUCUGCGCUCCUCUCUCCGUCAACCGCGCCGCUGCGCUACACCUCCCGCAGAUGGUGGAGAACAGCACCGAUCCAAAUCGCACCGCGUACACCGUUUCGGUGGAUGCGAUAGGCCCAGAGAUGAGCACGGGCAUCAGCGCGUCGGAUCGCGCGCAGACGUGUCGCAUGCUGGCAGACCCCGCAAUGAGCCACACACACUUCCGGAGACCGGGCCAUAUACUGCCCUUGCAGGCGCGCGAUGGCGGCGUGAGGGUGCGGAGGGGGCAUACGGAGGCGGCGGUGGAGCUGUGCAGGCUGGCGGGGAAGCAGCAGGUCGGGGCGAUUUGCGAGCUGAUCUCGGAUGGUGAGGUGGUUGCGGGUAGGCCGGAGAUGGUGGGUGGGGGGAUGAUGCGGACCGAGGAGUGUUUAGCAUUCGGCAAGAAGUGGGGACUCAAGGUUUGCACCAUCGAGGAUUUGGUUGAGUAUAUCGAGAAGACCGAGGGCUCGUCGGGCACGCUACGGGCUCUAUGGCGGGAGCAGUUACAGGCUUGCACAAUCAGGGACUUGGAUAGACGUUGAGGAGACCGAACGGCUGCUAGAUCGUUGCAGUGGAUGGA